UGCAGAAAAAAGGGAAAGAAAGCUCCUUUCGCUUCGAUUGUAAUUAGCUAGCUAGCUAGCUUACACACACUUUCACUUUGUGACAAUAGCUUUUCUCAAAUGUCGACCCUUUCCCCUCAAAGAAACACAUCUAUGAUCGCGUCUUGCACCUAAAGACUGUUGUCAGUCUAUUUCCCCUUCUACUUUUUUCCUUCUAGAUAUUCAAUGAAGAUCUGCAAUGAAUGUUGUUUACCCAGCAGGUGGAUAUGACGUCACGGACUUGGAACAUCAAAAAAUAACAACAUCCAAAUCCGCGAUUCCCCUUUUCUUUCAAGGCGCAUUAAAAUGUAAUAACACCACAAGGAGCUCGCCUUCAUAUUCGAGACAGAAGGUGGUGUGAAACUGUAGAUUCUCUCCCUGAAACGGUGCUUUUCGUGUAUCUUUCAGAGAUUCCUUGUUGCAGUGAAAGUUAGUCCCCAAAGCGGAGUAAUAUUGUUAGUAUUUACAGUGUGGUUGUUGCAUGCUUUCUUGAUAUACAAGAUCGCAUGUGUAGUUGAUUAUUUCAAGCAGCGAAAUUUGUCUUCUACGGUGAUCAACCGUUUUCGCAUUCGGUGUUCUUUUAAUUCAAUGACACCUGCUGUCGCCCUGCCCUGCUUGACAUGGCAGGGAAAUUUUAAUGGUCAAGUGGGCGUCUGUGCUGGAAGACCACUUUCUUAUAAUUGUCCUGAGGCGCGCAGGUCAGCCAGGGGCGUUCCACGGGCCCGGCUCUUAUUAGACUAGGUGCCGGGGAGUGGGGCACAGUAAGGUCUUCUGUGGGCCCCUGAUGGUUGGGGCUUUGAAGACUUUGUUCUGAAUUCCCAUUGGACAGAUGGAAUGUCCAUCUUACCAAAACAAGUGAAAACGGAGACUUCAUUGGCUACUUCCUGUGGAACGAGGGAUCAAAGGCAAAAGGCUGAACUCUGAAAGCUGGAACUGAAGAUUGCUUUAAACAAGCAAGUCCUUGAAGAAGGCGUCGUUAAGUCAUGAUGCAAGAAUCUGGGACAGAGACGACGAGUAACGGUUCAGUCUGUCAGAACGGAGGGAGCACGGAGAGCGGCGGGAGGGACGGGAGGCCCAAGAGCGAGACCCCGUCGAUAGACAUCACCGCGGCUGACCUUGCCCAUCUCCAGCAGCACCAGGCUUUACAAGUUGCACGACAGAUACUCCUUCAGCAACAACAGCAGCAGCAACAACAGCAGCAGCAGCUGCAGAGCAGUUCCCUGAAGUCUCCCAAGGCCAAUGAGAAACCAGCAGGUCUCCAGGUCCCAGUUUCAGUGGCUAUGAUGACACCACAGGUGAUAACUCCACAGCAGAUGCAGCAGAUUCUUCAGCAGCAGGUCCUGAGCCCUCAGCAGCUCCAGGUUCUACUUCAGCAACAGCAGGCCCUCAUGUUACAGCAGCAGCAACUCCAAGAGUUUUACAAAAAACAACAGGAACAGCUACACCUUCAACUCCUUCAGCAGCAACAUGCGGGGAAACAGAGUAAAGAGCCUCAGGUCUCUCAGCAGUUGGUCUUCCAGCAGCAGCUCCUUCAGGUCCAGCAGCUUCAGCAGCAGCACCUGCUCAACCUGCAGAGACAGGGUCUGCUGUCCAUCCAGCCUGGCCAGAGUGCCCUGCCUCUGCACUCUCUCACUCAGGGCAUGAUUCCAGCGGAACUUCAGCAGCUGUGGAAGGAGGUGACGAACGCGCCCGUCAAGGAGGAGAACAGCACCAACAGCCAUGGCAGCCUGGACCUGUCCUCACCCAUCACCCAAAAAAACCAGCUCCUCAACCACCACGCUUCCACCAACGGCCAGUACAUGGGGCCCUCGCUGAAGAGAGAGGGCUCCACGCUGGACGAUCAUUCCCACCACAGUCACCCCCUCUACGGACACGGGGUGUGUAAAUGGCCUGGCUGUGAGGCUGUGUUUGACGACUUUCAAUCAUUCCUCAAGCAUCUUAACAACGAGCACGCACUGGACGACAGAAGUACGGCGCAGUGUCGAGUGCAAAUGCAGGUCGUUCAGCAGCUGGAGCUGCAGCUAUCAAAAGACAAAGAACGUCUGCAAGCUAUGAUGACUCAUCUACAUGUCAAAUCCACUGAGCCCAAACCAGCCCCGCAGCCACUGAACCUAGUGUCCAACGUGACCCUCUCCAAAACAGCCCCCGAAGCCUCCCCUCAGAGCUUACCGCACACCCCCACCACGCCCACCACGCCCCUCACACCGCUGUCCCAGGGCCCCUCGGUCAUUACCCCCAACAACCUGCACAGCGUGGGACCAAUCCGCAGGCGCUAUUCAGAGAAGUACAACAUCCCCAUCUCCCCAGACAUUGUCCAGAACAAAGAGUUUUACAUGAAUGCUGAAGUAAGACCCCCCUUUACAUAUGCCUCGCUAAUAAGGCAGGCCAUUCUUGAAUCGCCAGAAAAGCAGCUAACACUAAAUGAGAUCUACAACUGGUUCACACGGAUGUUCGCAUAUUUCAGGCGCAAUGCAGCAACAUGGAAGGGUGCCAUUCGCACCAACCUUUCCCUGCAUAAGUGCUUUGUGAGAGUAGAGGGUGAGUUUGGGUCCUACUGGACCGUUGAUGACGAGGAGUUUAAGCACGGCCGCCACGUGCAGAGAGGCCGCCCUCGGAAAUACGGCGCCGAUGAGAACUCUGACGAGCCGCUCGUACAAAGCCCUGCCCUGGUGAAGAACAUACAAACCAGUCUGGGCUAUGGUCCAAGUCUCUCUGCUGCCUUCCAGGCUUCGAUGGCAGAAAAUAACAUACCUCUAUACACUACUGCUUCCAUGGGAAGUCCCACUCUCAACUCCCUGGCCAGCGUAUUUCGAGAGGACAUGAAUGGAGCAAUGGACCAUGGAAACAGCAACGGCAGUGACAGCAGCCCCGGACGCUCUCCUUUGCCAGCUAUGCAUCAUAUCAACGUUAAAGAGGAACCACUGGACCCUGAGGACCAUGAAGGUCCACUUUCUCUCGUGACGACAGCCAACCACAGCCCAGAUUUUGACCACAACCGAGAUUACGAGGAUGACCAAGGGAAUGAUGACAUGCAAUAGGCUUGUCCGAGGUCCCCCCACCCCCACCCGUCCCCCACCCCCAAGAGACAGAACUAACUCAGAUCAUCUGUGCCGUCUUUCCACAGAUAAAAUUGAUUCAUAAAUAAAUAAAGGCUGGGAUCGCAGUCUUCUGUUGACAGCUAUAAAAUGUUUCAAUUGACUUUUAGUGCCAUUAAAUACAAAACAUGAGGAAAAAAGUAAACUAUAUCCCAUUUGGGAGUAUUUUUGAGUUAUUUCUACUUUUUGUUUAAGAGAAAAAAAAAAGAGAAAAAAAGGAUCAUUUUUACUCGACACGUGUUGGAUGGACCUGUUUGGUACUUGGGACUGGUUGAGGUGGUGGGCGUGAUGUCCCUGGAGGUGGGCGGGCACGCAGGAAGCAGCGCACGAGGACUGCGGGCGUGGCGCUCCCUCUCUCCCACUGAGCCACACUCACUGAGCACGGACUGCAGGGCACAGACGCAAUCUCAGAGACUCCGACGGGACAUCUGAUGUACACAGUGUGUGGAUUCAGUUCAUUAUCACUGCCUUCAGCCUGCUUUGGUUUGCUUCCUGAAAGUUUGGGAAAGGGUGGUUUGUGUUUGUGGAAGGGGCGGGGGGUGGGGGUGGGGGUGGUGAAUAUAAGGUAUAUGUGUCUUUGUUGCUGUUUUGUUGCAUUUCUUUUUUCUUAAAACUAAAGAAAAACUUCAGCUGACCAAGAACGCUAUGUGGCCAGCACCUGAUGAAUGUUUGAUUUACUUUUUUUUUGUACAUGAAGCAGAAUGUCAAACACCAAGUAUUAUUUUUCUGUCAUUUAUUCGAUGUGUUUCAGAAUGCCAUCUCACCUGUCCCUGUCACCUUUACUCAUCGCCAAACAUGUAGCCUACCCACCAAACUCAUGAAGUCCAGCAGUAAUGCACUACUCAUAAUGAAGGCUCUAUGCUACACAUCUAUGAAGUUUUAUUUAAAAUGGGAAUGAAUGACAGAGAAAUCAUGCAGGGAAUAGAAAAUUUUGAAAAAUGUUAAAAACAAUGAAAAAAAUGAAACAUUCACUUGUCACAGCAGUGCAUGUUAGCUGCAACCAAAUCACCGAACCAUUGCAUUCACAUUUCAGAACCAUCAUUAAAUGUCAGGUGCACAGUUAACAUAAGCAGUUUAGACCAAUAUUAAUUGUGAUCUUUGGGUAGGACUGUCCUUGUAGAUCAAAUAUGCAUAAUUUCCUCCCCACACAGUAAUUUCAAUGAUUGUGGGGGAAAAAGGAUUUUAAGCUUGACAUCGAACAAGGCUGUGACAGAAGGCUCCAAGUUGACAUCAUUACUGUUUCAUUGUGGCAUUGCUAAUCUUGCAACAUAUGCCAACUUCCUCAGUGAAGAACGCAAAUGACACAUUUACGUGAAAAUAUUCAGAUGUUACCAUUAAAACAGAGGAGCCAACAUCUACAGAAAUCUAGUCUGGAGGCCCGACUAGUCAGCAUUCCACUGUUUGAGAGACUCAUAGCAGCCACACACCUGUCCCGCUCUGUUCUGGAGACACAUCUGUGUAUGUCCAAGAGCCGGCGUCAGCAAAACUGAGAAACAUCUAAGCCUUAGCGCAACCCUGCUCCUUCCUCCAGACGCAGAUUGUAAUUUACAGCGUGAUUGCGGAAAGCAUAUCGCCGAGGGGUCGGCAUAGAAAGGGUUCGAGGCCCAGUUUCGCCGUCAAUAACAGGUGUGAAAGUACACAGCUGAAAAGAUCACGCAGGACUCAAUUUUAUGACUGCAACCAACCACUCUUUUUUAUUUAUUGACCUUUUUGUUUGUUUUGUUUUACUUUUAUUUUAGUUGUUGAGGUCUCAGAUGUUUCUGUUGUCAGUGUGUCAGAUAUAUCUUGUUCUGUGACUACCAAAGAUAAACUACAAAAGUAAACAAUGUUCUCUGUUCCGUGCUUUAGCAGACAAGGCCAAAAAUAUCAUUCUAUCUCCCAUUUGAUGUGAAAGAAUUUUAAGGUGGAGAACUCUGAAUUAUAUCUAGCUUAUAGGAAAAGAAUAAUUAGAAAUUAAAGCUCCUCAAAAAGACUGUCGUCAACAUUAAAGCCAAAGGUGUCACAUUUUGAGUAUCUGCAUGUCUCUGCAGUGACCAAAACUAGAGGGGUAAAGGGGAGGGUGUGGGAUUGGGAAAAAUAUAUGACCAAAUUAGGGAACGGUGUCUUUGGGCCAAUGAGAAAAGGGAGCAUUCCAUCGUGAAAUAAACCGUAUAGCAAAAGUUAUGGAUAGAAAUUGCUGAUGACGUUUAUCUUCACGAUUAUUAAUUGCUAGUUUGAAGCAGAGUUUUACAGAGAACAAUGUGAGCAAUUCUAUACUGCAACUGGACCACAUGAUGAUUCAAUGUUUUAUGCUUCUUGUUUUGAAUUUGUAACCUAAAGAUUGUAUGCCACUUUUUUUUUUUUUUAAGUUUCCAACAGGAUUCAGUUGUUCUUCGGUAACCUUGGCAACACUUUAUCCAUUGUGUUUAGUUUCUGUCAACUUAUUACUUUUUAUAUUAAAAAAACACUCCUGUCAACUAAUAAGCUGGGUACAAGGUACUUUAUGGCAGUUUUUUUCUUCUAAUUUACCAUGCAUUUAUUAUUAAUAAAAAAAGGGCAAUCUGUGGUUUAGGAAAAAAAUGUAUUUAAUAUCCAGGCAGCUGUGGGAUGGAGCUGUGGCAUUCGGGCUGGGAUCGUGAGAAUGACUCCCGUUCAUCCAAACCCCAGCCUUUCGCUGGUUAGCUUGGUAUUUAAAAGGGGAAAAAGCUGGUAGAUUAGAACAUUCUCAGCAUGUGUAGCUUGACAUUACUAAAGAUAACAGCAUGAGAAAACUGUUAGUACGCAUACCUCAGUUCAAACCUAUAGGGAAUGAUUAAAUAAAAAAAAAAUAAAAAAAACAUUUCACUCAGUUGCACUUAGUUGUAUGUCUUGCAUGUUUAGUCUAAAAAUUGUAGCAAAAAAAAAAAUAUUUUAAAAUGAUGAAAAAUAAAAAAUACAAAAUUAGAGCUUGUUUAUCUCGAGGGUCUCAUCCUUUUUAGCAAAACCAAUCCAAACCUCAGGCCUUUUUCAUGAAGAAAUCACCCAGCUUUGUUGAAUCUCAUUUUCUACUGUAUGUCCAUCUAUUUUCAGAUAUCCACUGGCUUCUACCGGGUGGGCUUUUGGGUAGUACAUACAUGUCAGUAUAACCUUGUGGCUUCUCUAUGUUGGAUUCCUUUCUGUUCCUUUCAAUGAUAAAGUACAUCUGUGUUAUUAUGUUUGCUUUAUUGCAACUGCUUUGUAUUUACUAUUAAAAUAGCUAUGGAAAAACUGCUGUAUGUAUUGGAAUAGCAAACUGUGCUGCAAAUGUAUUUUACUUAGUAAUCUUUGCUUUAAAAGUCAUACAUGCAGACAUCUGUGCGAGGGGUGGGCGGGGCAGGGUGGGGGAAAGGGAGGGAAUAUCCCUGAUUUUGGAUUUUAAACUGUAAAAUAGAAAACAGACUUUUUCUCUGUUAUCAUUGACCUAAACAUUUUGUACAGAUUUUUUUCCCUCUUUGUGUUAAGCUGUUUUGAUACUUCCCUCCUUUUGACGGUCCAACCACUGCCUUCUGUGGCUGUAUGUAAAAGAUUAUGACUUUGGGAAGAGCAGACAGGUGUAUUUCCUGUAUGUGAAGGAAAUAUCUCGCAUGACUAAUUCCAGGGUCACAGACGGGAAUAGCAGAGUCAAGUUGUCAGUAAUAAUAUUGGGGUGUAUCAGUCUAAUGAUAUUUUAUAUAAAACAAAUAGAAAAAAAAAGAAAAAAAUAUAUAUGCAGUGCCAAGAUGUAAAGAAUUAUUUGUUUUUUCAAAGGAAACCAUAUCAUCUGAGAUGUUUCACAUUAUCAGUCAGUAUCACUGUUAGGAGAGAGCAUCACGGCUUUUAAGUUGAGAAAAAAUAUUUUUUUAAAGGCCAGGCCUUUUGAGUUCUUCCUUUUCUAAUGGUAGAUAAAACCAAGCACAGCAGGUAGUGAUCUUAAGUUGAGCACACAGGUCAAAGGUCAUGUGAAUAAAAGACACAAUUUCUUUUCCUGAUACACCAUUAUUAUAUAAAUGAAACUGAGUAAAAUAAUCUUUUCUUACGCUUUUAUGUGAUCACAGUAGGUGGUAUCAGAUUCCCAAAAAGACACUUGGACGUUGUUCAUUUGCAACAGACACAUUAUCCAUCACAGACUUCUUUACUCAUACAGUAUAAUAUUCCCUAAUCACCUUCUGAAUUCCAGCUUUUGGCAAAGGUACAGUCAUGGAGGUGUCGCGGUGCUUCAGUGUUUCUUCGACCAGGUGUUUUUUUUUUUUUCGUUUUUUUUUCUUUCUUGAGGCAUAACAAUAAAAGAUAUACUCAUCACUUUCAUCAGUUUGUAAUGCCAUCAUCAUUCCAUGUCUGUUUUAUGCAGACAAUUAUGUUGUACAGUCGGUCUUGAUAACUGACUUAAGCAUUCUAAAAUGCAAUAAAAUGCUGGUUGUUCA